CAGGUUGCAGAGGCUGAAGGAUGAACUUCUUGCCGAGAUCAUUUUCGUGGGAGCUUAAGUUGCCUGUCUCUCUUUUCUUUGCGGACUUCGGUGGAUGCGUAAAAACACUUAAGUUAUAAGCGAAGUAGCGGAGACGGAAGUGUCAAAGAGGAGCGGAGGAUUCACUUGAGAGACAGAGCAUGAGCACACCAUCCUCAGGUCGGAAGACCCCAGUGGACCACGGUGUCCAGAUCCGCUUCAUCAAUGACAUCUAUGAAGCAAGAGGUGGACAGCCCGGGUCCCAGCCGAAGCCCAAGACUCAUACCUCAUCCAAAUAUGGCGUGGCGGUGAGGGUGCAGGGUAUUGACGGCCAACCAUAUGUGGUCCUGAAGGACGGACAAAAAGGAGACUCGUAUGGAGUUCAGCUCAAGACGUCAGGCUACAGUAGCCUUCCACGGAGGAGAGACAAGGCAGAGUCACAACCACAGGGGGUGGAUGUGGGAGGAGGAAGUGGAAGAGGACAAGGAGCGGCACUGCGCCGGGUCCAGUCCCAUGGGUCACUGCUGGACAGGGAUGGAGAGGGAGGGGCAGGUAAUGAAGAUUUUCAGCUGUCCAGGCCACCAGGGGAUGGGAAGUCUGGGAGUUAUGGAAACCUGGAUGGAGGAUUAGGAUUAAGAGGAGAGAGAGAGCAGCCCCGGCAUGUCGGUGGUAGAGAGAGGGGCACGGAGAGGAAUGCGUGGGGUGGUUCAUAUCAGACGGGGCUCAACGGGUCAGUGAGAGACAAUCACUCCUACCCUGACCGUCCUCAGUCCUCAGGGUUUCAGUCUAAUCAGAGACAGACCGGUGUUAACAGACAAGUGAACAGGUUUGACGGUGGCAGCACCGUGGACCAACAGAGAUACCAUCAACAAGAUCACACCGCUGCAUCGCCUGCUCUCAGCCCCAACCUCCUCACGUCACCUCCAUCCUCAACUCACAGCAGCUUGACGCGCAGCCAGGAAGCUGCCAGCGGUUAUCCUGGACACUCUGCUAAUCAGUGGUCUUCACCAGGGAGAUAUGCUCCUGUGGCAGCACCACAGGCCAGUCUGACUGAGGCACAAGUGACCCCUGACCUUUUGCUGGACCAGGGUCAGAGUGCAGAGAUGAGCAGUGAGGAGGAGCAGGUCAUGCAGACUGUGUACAACAUUCUGAAGCAAGGAAAUAACGAGAGUGACGCUGUGAUCAGGCACAAAGUCACGCUCAUCUUUCAGAGGAUUCCGAGUAGAAAAUCCAAUGAGAUGCAGAGGGAAGAGUGGACGAGAGAAAAGAGGGUGCUUGAGAGAAAAAUCGCUGAACUGCAAACUGCCCUGCAGGAGAAAAAAAUGGACUCUGAAGUCGCUCUGAAAGCUGAGCUGGAAUGCUGUCUGGAUGAAAACCUGCAACUCCGGGAGACGCUGGACCGGAAGAAGACGGAAUUAAAUGAAACACAAUCAGAGCUGACUCAGCUGCGUAUGGAAAGGGAGAAUGCAGAGGCACGAGUCAGAGGGAUGGAGGACCAGCUGGCUGAGCUUCAGGAGGAACUAAGGAGAGAUAAUGGCAGCAAGACGGACCUGAUGUCUUGUCAGACACAGCUGAUGGACGUCUGCCAGCUGAAAAACAAGCUGGAGGAGACGCUGAGGCAGAGGGAGAGGGAGCUAACGGCUCUCAAAGGAGCACUGAAGGACGAGGUGGCCACACAUGACAAAGAGAUAGAGGCACUCAGGGAGCAGUACAGUGCCGACAUGGAGAAGCUCCGCAGCAGCAUGGAACAGGUGUCUCAGUCUCACGCAGGGAUUGAAGCGGAGCGGUUACGUGUCAAUGCAUCGGUUCGCUCUCUCCAGCAGCAGUUGGAGGACUGUAGAGACGAGAGCAGCCACUGGAUGGAGCAGUUUCAUUCCACCAGGGAUGAGCUGAGGACAACUAAACAAGAAGAGCCAGCCAGCAGGCCUGAAACACCACUCCUGCAAGCUCGCAUGGACAAAGAGGAGUUUGAGGAGGAACUGAAGGAGCUCCAGGACAGAAUGAGCACCAUGAAACAACAGAUACCAGACCCUAGCCAAUCACAGACUCUCAACAAGGAGCUCCAGCAGUCCACCGCUGAUCUACAGAAGGCUAAGGCUGAGGUGGAGAAGCACAGGACCGAGUUUGACAAGAAGGUCAUGGAGGUCAUCGCCAUAAAAAAGUCUCACCAGAACCAAGAGGCAGAGAUGAAGUAUGAGAUUGACAGGCUAAAGGGCCAACUGCAGAGGGCCAAAGAUGACUGUGCCAGAGCACAGGAGAAAAACAAACGGCUCCCAGACCCAGCCACUAUCACAGAGCUGGAGCAGAAGCUUGACGUGGCACUUACUGAAGCUACCCAGCUCAAAGAGAAACUCUCACUGGCUGAAGACGACCUGGAGUCCAGUAAAACAAAUCUAAGCAGGGCUCAGCUGGACCUUAACUUGCUUCAAGAUUCCCAGCAGGAACAGAAAGAGGUCAACACACGUCUCAAAGAGAAACUCUCGCGAAUAGAGGCUCAGCUGCAGACCAACGCUACCGAGAGCUCAGAGGCGGAGCUCGCCCUGCACUCUGAGGUAAGAGGCCUGAGAUCUGAGCUGGAUGAGGCCAAGAGAAAAGCAUCCAGACUGAGCCAAGAGCACCGUGAACUCACUCUGCGUCUGGAGGAUGAAGCGAAAGAAAAGGAAUUGCUCCGGCAAACCAUUAGCCAACUGGAAGAGACCAAACAACAACAAGAGAGAUCUCUAGACAAACUCAACAAAGAGUAUGACACUAUGUCCAUGUCCUCAAGAGAGGAGACACAGGUUCUUCGGGUUCAGCUGGAGGAGCAGAGAGAGAAAGCACGCAAGGAAAUGCAGGAGGUGCAGCGCCAUGAAGAUGACGCUCAGUCUGAGCUUGAAAGAAGUCGCACAAGUUUAAGAAGACUUGAGGAAGAAAUAUCAAGACAGAAGAAGGAGAUCCUGCUUGUGUGUGAAGAGAGAGACAACCAUCAGCUGGAUAAAGAGCUUCUUAGCAACAGACUGCGCCACCUGGAGGGAGAGUUGGAGAACAGCAAAAACAUCUUCAAUGAGAAAGCACGGGAGAUUCGCCUUCUAGAGGACAAGCUGAAGCGCAUGGAGUUGGAGCUGGAAGAGGAGAAAAACAGUGUGGAAAUGCUGACCGAUCGGGUGACCAGGAGCAGAGACCAGAUUGAUCAGCUCCGCUCUGAGCUCAUGCAGGAGAGGUCCUCCAAACAGGACCUGGAGCUGGACAAGAACACCCUGGAGAGACACCUGAAGGAGCUGAAGAGUCGUGUGGUUGACAUGGAGGGUCAGUCUCGCUCCUCAGCAGGAAUCUCCCAGCUGGAGAGCAAGAUCCAGGAGCUUGAAGAAAGCGUACGCAGUGAGGAAAGGGAGAAAAACUCAAUCUUGUCAACUCAGCGUCGUCUGGAGAGGAAACUUAAAGACCUCAAUAUGACACUGGAUGAGGAGAGAGAAGCACACACUGAGCAGAAAGACCAGUUUGCUCUGAGAGUGAAGGCUCUAAAGAGGCAGGUGGAUGAAGGAGAGACAGAGUUGGAAAGGAUCGAUGGUCUGAGAAGAAAAGCUCAGAGAGACAUGGAGGAACAGAUGGAGAUUAAAGAGGCCUUGCAGAGCCGAGUCACAGCUCUGGAGGCUGAGCUCAAGAGGAAGAGUCAAGCAAAAAUGCGCCCGGCUUUGGACUCGUCGGCUCUCAGCUCAGAUGACGAUGACAGCAUUUAUGACCCGUCCUCCAUCACCUCCAUUCUCACUGAGAGCAACCUCCAGACCAGCUCCUGUUAGAGCGGCACUUUGGAGACAGGUACGAGGGAAGAAAAUAGCACUGCAACAAAACAUAAUGGUAUUGUGGUAUGGUAGUGUAGUUUAGGAAUUUAGGAUUUAAGCUUAAAGGCACAACGGUGAGCACUACGUGUUAAUUAGCCAUAUUGUAGAGUUAAGGAGGGUAAAAGGAUUUUCCCCACCCACGUGAAUAGAAGGAAACAAAACAUCCUCUUCAUUUCAGGGACUUCACUUCAGACAACAAUGCACUCUGAUUUUCUCCUUGGUAUAGUGGGAAAGAAUGUGAUUCAUGAACAUGGUAAACUGCCAAUACAUCCCGCACCGUUUGAGAGAUUUUUGCAUCAAGCACUUAUGGUACGAUGUUAGGAUUUUUGUUUUAUUUCAAGAAAAUAAAGUAGUACCUGCUCCUGAGUUUUUAUAUGUAUUUAUACACAUAUAAAUCAAAAGAUUAUGAUAUCUCCUUUCAAUUUAGUCUUGCAUACAAAUCAUGUUUCAUGUCCACAAAGGAGACGUCUGUCCCCAUUUCAUGUUUUUGUUUUUGUUUUUUUUACAAAUUUACACAAACACAAGAAUCAACAUUUACAUCCGCUGAACACUAGAAAACGUCUGUUAAUCAUUUAACUGUGUGGAAAUGAAACGUUAAGACACUGACUGACUGACUGAUGAAUAAUGUUCUCAUUGUUUCCUCAUGAAAACUGUUUACAUGCCGGACAUGUUUAGAUCCUGUGCCGUUCACACAUCACAGGUGGAACUACAGAUAAACAAGGACUGAAUGGUUAACUCUGAGAUCGCUAUGAUGGACAACAGGGAUUUAAAAAACAAUUCCUAUUGUAAGGCACAAAUAACUUUCAUAACCAGAUCUAAUGGUUGAGUACUGUACAUUAUUCUUGGAUUUUGUUUAGGGAAAUCAAAAAGUAUAUAUAUGUUCUAUAGUUUUCGAGCUUCUGGUGAUUAUUUGUCUGGCCUUUUUCUACUUUUCUUUUUUUCUUUGCUCACUCAAACACGAUUGUAUAAUAUGGUGUGACACUAAUACACAGUAGCGUCUUAAAUGUAUUUUCUUAGACAGAGAUGCACAUUAUUUUUCCAAAUGAGUAAUAAAAUAUCAAACAUGUAAAGACUGUAUCUGUAGCAGUUUGCAGACCUUUUUACAAAUAUCUUUGUAAACCUUUCUAAAAAUAAUUCACAAACCGGCUGAAGCUACAGAAUUCCUAUGCAUUCAUUAUAUGAAGUCAAACAUAUGUAAUGUUAUCUCAUUAUACUGCCUUAAAAUGACUACAAACUGUUUUUUUUUUGUUGUUUUGUAAGAUUUUGUAGAAUGAAGUCAUAAACUGAAUAAUCAGUUAUAAUUCAUUACAUUGCGCUGUAAUGUUUCUAUCUUUCCAGUGAAGCUGGAAAAUGGUACUGUAAUUGUUCACUGGAAAGUUUUCAUACUGUAAUUGUACUUUAUUGCGAAGUAGAUCCUUUUUUUUCUCUAUCGUGCAUAAAACGACAUGCAAAUAAAACUCUCAUGUCAAACUGA